CGGCAGGCGUCACGCAGCUGAUCGCGCCCGGGUCCGUUAAGAGAAGGCGGCGGCGCAAGGGGAAGGGAAAGGGAAACGGGGGGAGGGAUAAAUUCCACCCCUGGGCUACCGCAAUCGCCCCUGCCCUCGAAAUUCUCGUCUCCAGAAUCCUCCUCCCCUUCGCCUCACGGGCCGGCGGCGGCGGAAGGCCGGCGGCGAAGAUGGAGAAGGCUCUUGGAGGUGGAGGAGGAGGAGGAGGGAAGCUGAGGGGCGCGGCGGGGCUGAUGGGGCUGCAGAAGCAGUACUCGUGGUCGCCCGACAUCGAGCGCGACGAGGCGUGGGAGCGGCGGCGGCGCGGGCUGCGGAGGCGCGGCUCGGAGGGGGCGCUGCGGCGCGCGCAGAGCGUCACGGACGACGACCUCGACGAGCUCCGCGGCUGCAUCGAUCUGGGGUUCGGGUUCGAGGCCCCCGUCGGGUGCGCGGCCUGCGGCGGCGCCGGGAGGAGCAGCCGCCUCGUGCAGACGCUCCCGGCGCUUGAUCUAUACUACGCCGUCGCGGCUGGCGGCGGCUCGGAGGGCUGCCCGACCCCGUGCUCCUGCGGCGCCUCGUCCGAGGCCACCUCCGAGGCGUCGCCGAUCGGGAGCCCGAUGUCCAUACUCUCUCCAGGCGACCCGCCGGAGACGGUGAAGAUGAGGCUGAAGCAGUGGGCGCAGGUGGUGGCGUUGUCCCUGCGCAACCGUGCCUGAGCCACAUACUCCGGCAACUCCGGCGUCGUCAUUGCAAUCUCGCAUCCAGAGGAGGGAGGACGAACACGCAGAAGACAAAGAAUCCCCUGCCUCGAGAAGAAACCAAGAAGGAAGAAACACACAACAGAAGACAAGAAUCUUGGGUUCGGUGACCCGCCGCCUUCCACAUUCGCUCCUCGUUCCCCGCUACCAAGACGUUUAUCAAUCAACUUUCUGUCAGAUAAUCAUUCACAACACCGGAAUCAUAAUUUGCAUUUGCUCCUGUUGAUUAGUUUCUGCACCCUCCCUCCUCCUAAUUCCUAGCUUCUCAUCGCAUUACUUCAGCUAGUUCGUAGUUUGGCUCUUUUCCUAAUUCAUAACCUCGCAUCCCUGUACAUGGCGCAUCGUUCAUCAGCUUAGUUCUCAUUGUCUCUCAAAUAAUUAAUCAAUUGUUGGUGGCUGGAUGGUGGUA